AUGUCACUGAGUAGUACUAAUUUAAGAGUACAGAAUGGUCGUUAUUCUUUAAAGGAAAAAACGGCUAUUAUUAGUGAUAAAAAUGAUUUGUCUAUGAACGAUAUGUUAGUAACAAAAGAACUUCAUCUAUUAUCAGUACACCAUCGUCGUGGUCAAAAUAAAGUUAUAUUUGAAGCCAUUAUUCCAUUAAUAUUAUGUUCAUUUUGUCCAUUUUUUGUACGAAGUGUAGUUUAUAUUUGUACACAUGCCAAUGGCUCAUUAUUGGACUUUUUUAAACAAAUAUCUACUCAGAUGACGUUAAAACAAGUGUUAGAGCACUUUUUUUAUUUACAAUGGCAUUGGCCAAGUGCAAUAAUUUUUUUCUUAUUCAUCUCUUAUUCAAUCUUAAUGACUCUUCUGCUACCAGGUGAAAAGUAUCAUGGUCCAGUUACAGAUUAUGGUCAUGUACCUGAAUAUAAAGAUAAUGGUUUCAGUUAUUAUUUAAUUUCAUUGGGAUUAUUUGUAAUAUUAACCGCUGGCUUAAAAGUAUUUGGUUUAACACCAACGUAUAUCUAUGAUAAUUUUGAACAAUUUUUAUCAACAUUAAACACAUUUGCAUUUAUAUUCUGUCUUUUUCUUAUGUUAAAAGGUAAAUAUUUUCCAUCAACGCGUGAAUAUCGUUCAUCUCCCAAUUGGAUUAUUGAUUUUUAUCGUGGUGUUGAAUUGUAUCCAAGAAUAUUUGGAGUCGAUAUUAAAUUAAUUACAAAUUGUCGAUUUGGUAUGUUAGCAUGGGCACUUUUGUCAGCAAUAUUUUGUAUGAAAGCCUUCGAGCUGUACGGAUAUGCGGAUAGUUCACUGGUGACAUGUAUAUUGACAGUGGUUUAUUUAACAAAAUUCUUUUGGUGGGAAUCGGGUUACAUGAAAACAAUGGAUAUUAUUGUGGAUCGUGCCGGUUUUUAUCUAUGUUGGGGUUGUCUUGUAUGGGUACCAGCUUUGUACACUCUACCAUCUUACUUUUUGGUGUCUCAUCGUCAACAACUCGGUCCAACUUUAACUUUUCUUGUGUUAUUGCUUGGAUUUCUUUCAAUUUACAUCAACUAUGAUGCUGAUCGACAAAAAUUACACGUUCGUAGAACAAAUGGUAACUGUUUUAUAUGGGGCAGUCAGCCACAACUCAUACGUGCCAAAUACCGUUUACUAAAUGGUAAUGAAUCAGAAAGUCUUUUGUUGGCAAAUGGUUAUUGGGGCAUUUCUCGACAUUUCCAUUACAUACCUGAAUUAGUGUUGGCAUUUUUAUGGUCAUGUCCUAAUGGUUUUCACUAUGUCCUUCCGUAUUUAUAUGUAAUUAUUUUGUUUAUAUUAUUGAUGCAUCGAGCACAUCGUGAUGAUCAAAAAUGUAAACUUAAAUAUGGACAAUACUGGCUAGAUUAUUGUGAGAAAGUCAAGUUUAGAGUGUGGCCAGGGAUCUAUUAA